CAACUAAUAGACUGAAAGCCAAAGCCUACACAGCCAGUGAUACGAUAAGGAGGCGAUUCAGCUAUGAUAGUAACCGAAGAAUAUAGCUGUUGUAGUUCAGUAUCAGAAAUAGUAUCAGUAAUAGUACUACAUUAGUAAUUACAGAACAGACGAACAGUAACGCAUCAGUAACAGGUAGUCCUGAAUUACUGACAGCACCUGAACGCGUCAGUCUCCGGUGCAGCUGGAUCGGUACUUUCGGUUACCUCAGAGACAACCGUGACAACAAUGAGAUAGCAGUAAUUUCAUUCACAGGUUGCCUCUGCACAGCCAAUUGUGAUAAAAGGGAUUAACAGGCGAUGACAGCAAGAUUUACCGUGAAGCUGAACCGGGUCUUAAUGACGUUUAGUAGCAACAUUGUUUGAGCAAAGAGCCGUGCCAACAAUACGCCUUUCAACUAAUUCUUGAAGACAAUUGAGUCCCUAUCCCCAAUGUCUAAACUACCGGGAAAUGCAGGUGUGUCGCUGCUCGGGGACAAGUCUCUGGAGUUUUACCGGGAUCCGGUGAGCUUCUACCGGCAGAGAAUCGAGAAACACCGGAGCAGAGUGUUUCAGAGCCGCCUGCUUAACAGACCGACCGCCUUUAUCUGCUCCGUGCAGGGCAUGAGAGAGCUGCUGUGUGAGAAGUCCAACUUGUUUGUGAAAGAUCCGACUGAUUUGAUGACCAACGUGUACGGUGACACAGUUGUAACCACUAAUGGUGAAGAGGCAUGUCUUCUCCGUCUGUCUCUCACCAGCCUGUUUACAGGACGUUGUUUAGAAUCAUGGACUGAUUAUAUCACCAGUGUAUGUGAGCGCUGUCUGAAGGACCUCUCUCUCAGUGGCCAGCCAGAGUGUGUGUACACAGUGUUUAAGCAGCUGGGGACGGAGUUGGUGUUGGGCCUUUAUCUGAAUGUGCGACCUGAAGAGCAGCCUGAGCUUUUCCAGGAAAUCACCGAGCUUUGCACCCAACACUGGCAUGGUCUGAUCUCUGCACCACUGAGUGUGAAGGUUCCUAUGUGGUCGUCAGGUUUCUCCACCGCUAUGGAGGCCAGAGACAAACUGAUGGAAAUCAUCAAAGACAAACUGGAAAAUGACACACAGGGUUUUGUCGGCUCUCUUCGGUCUUUGCCACUGCCUGACUCCAGUUCCGCCUCCCAGCAUCUCCUGCUGUUCAUCUCGGCCCUGAUCCCCAAAGCUCUGGCAUCUCUGCUUACCUCAUUCACGCUGGCACUCAGUGGAAACGAGCAGGAGGAGACCCGACGGCGAGCUUUGACGGAUGCUGUUUAUAUGCAGGGAGUGCUGCUGGAGGUUCAGAGACUCUGGCCUCCUUUCAUUGGUGGACGCAGAAUAGCUGAUCAGGACUCCACCCUCGCAGGCUUUCAUGUCCCAAAGGGUCACGGUGUGAUGUAUAUCAGCCACUCCGUCCACCGUGACCCGGAGGUGUUCCAGCAGCCGGAUAGCUUCCUGCCGGAGAGAUGGAGCGGAAGGAAUGCAGGCCAGGAGCACUUCCUCUGUUCCUUUGGCAGCGGGCCCCGGAACUGCAUUGGAGUGAAACUUACAGACGCCUUCCUUAAGGAGGCGUGCAUGUACCUGUUAAAGCACUACGACUGGUGUUUGGAGCCUCCAUCGCAGGACCUUGAGUACAAAUGGCUGCCUGUCUCUCGCCCCGCCAACCCCCCCACCAUCUCCUUCACCCGACUGGAUCCAACUAGAUCCGACAAGAUCGACACUAGAUAAGAUGCACAGUGUGUUUAGUGAUGAACCAAUUUUUUAAUUUUUAAUUUUUAAUUUUUUUAAAUAAAACCAUUCGACCAUUAUAAACUACAGAUGGGAAGGUUCACCUUUUGGCAUCGGUGCACCAGCAUAAACAUUCACAAUGCAAUUGCCCUGAUUUAAAAAAGUGUGCACCAGAUACACUUGCGAACAUCUUUGCAUCAGAUUUAUUUAUAUAUAAUUAUUAGUAGAGUCCAUAUGCAUUUAUUAUUUAGAAAUGUGACCAAUAAUUCAAUAUUUAAAUUGAUACCACCUUUUGACUGGAGCUGCUCACAGAGCAUAUGCAUGUAAACUGGAGAACACUACACUACAAAGACUUGUGAAAAGGCCUGUUUGUAAAAAGGUAUAAAUGUUUUUUAGGGCUGUCACUGAAAUUCAAAAAAUGUGUUUGAACAUGGGGGGAAAAAUUUGUAUUCUACCUGUAAUGAUCUGUUCGAAAUGUAGGCUCCAGUCUACGCAUCAGACAACUUGAAGUAAUUUUUCCGUGUGGUGCAGCAGAAGGCGCUCUAAAACUUCACUAGCUUGACUCACUGCUUGCUGUAUUGACGUUUGCAAAUUAAGCUAAUGUUAAUGUAAUGUUGUUUUAUUAAAAUGGAGGACAAAUAGCGAGCAUCCUACGCAGAUAAUCACUACACAAAACAUCUGAAGUAUUUUGGGUUCCACACUUUGACCGGCAAAGUCAGAAACAAAGAUAAAGCUGUUUGUCAACUUUGUAAAAGGCAGCUGUCUUUGCACAUUAUUCUGCACACUGACAUGCAUGGGGGGAAGUGGAAUGCACAUUCAAAUUAAGUCGAAUGAAUUGCGGGUCAUUUCGAUUUUGUUCAAACUAGAUUUUUUGAAAAAGUGACAGCCCUAGUGGUUUUUAGAGAUCAAAAAAGAAACAGCAUAAAAGAGGUGCCACUGAGCUGCCGUAGUUGAGAAACAAAUAUGUAAAGUAAAAAUGGCACUUUUCAGUUAAUUUAUGAUUUACUGUAUGCUUAAAGCUACUCUUACCUUUCCUUCAUUUCACACAGCACUUUGAAAAAACUUGAACAGAAACAACCCCUCCUCCCUCCUAUGUCCCACCCCCGCACUCCCUUCUCCUCUGCGAUCGCGCACUAUAUAUAUAUAUAUAUAUAUAUAUAUAUAUAUUUUUUUUUUUUUUUUUUUUUUUUUUUUUUUUUUCUUUUUCCCCGUGGGAGCGGCUGGAGGUGGAAGCCGUGGCCCGCUUUUGUCGGUCAUUGUAAGUCGCUACUGGCUGUUUACGGCUAUCUCCGUGGAUCAUGGAUGUAUUAUAAUGCCGUGGAUCCACAACAGCCUCUCUUCCGCGUGGGGGUCCGCACAAUUACAUAAUGCGGAAGGGGAAAACAGGCAGGUGGCUCGGCCAAUCAUAUCAUUCGGACCGAAUGAUAUGAUUGGUCAGAGUUGUCACAGAAUAUUAUGAGAAUGGAAUAAUGAUUAGUUUCUAUGCCUGGUGAAUCUCUCUAACAUUUUAGAAUGCCAUUACCUUAUUAAUAGCAUUUUAACCUAAACAAAAAAAUGUGUAAAAAUGUAACAAAGGUAAGGGUAGCUUUAAGAAAUAAAAUAAAACUCUGUACAUUAUUGAGUUGCAUAGCAUAAUUUUUUUGCAUUGUGUCAAAUUACAUUCAAAUUGUGUCCUGUCAUAUCAGUUGUUGCUUUAAUGUAUUGGAUUGUUUGCAAUGCAUCCGCCUCCGAAACGACGGCUCUGGAUCAAAUUUGCCUGUCUAGAAUGUGCAGGAAAAGCUGGAGCACACAGAGGGAAGCCAGCAAACUGCAAGGCUUUCCCCUGCUGCGUAUGAUACAGUAAUCAUUGUGGGGAAAGCCGAGGAGUGUGCUAGUUUCACUCUGUGUGUCCCUCUGCCAGAUACUCUGCUGCUUUCCUUGACAAAUCUAUAGUGGAAGACAAAAUGAAUGAGUCAUGAUAAGUCCUCCGUUGUCAAAUCUGAGACUACUACUGUAGAUGGCAUUUUUUGUCCUUUUUUAAAGUCAUUUAUUAUAUGGUAGUUAACAUGUGAAACUCUUUUUCUCAUUGAAUUAAAUCACUGUAACCUUACUCAUACAUCACAUGUUCUACAUUGAAUUGAAAUGUAGCUUAAUUACCUACAAAUAACCACCCAAAACUGCAGCUUUUAUGUUAAAGAAGUAGCAUUAUCUUCACGCUGCACUAUCAAUAUUUAACCUAUUAAAUUGAAAGGAAACACACGUGCACACAGGAACACAGAGGUAAACCCUCAGAUUCCAUCACUUCCUCCAAACCUGUCCCCCCCCACAACCACCACCUAGCAACCACCACUGCUUAGCAACAGUUCGUCAAACCGACACUGACUUGCUUCCUCUUAGUAUGCAAGUCUCACAGAAAUACGUGCACACACACACUAACCUGGUUAUUUUUGAAAGCAUUCAGUCCGCAGUGAUACACACACCAUCUGAAUCACACGUAAAUGAUGCCAGAAGGUGCUCCAGAGCACAAGGCUAAGUUUGAAAUAACCCGAGUGACCUGAAUGAUAAAGCACAUACACUCAUAGACAUAGUAUUCAGAUGAAGCGUCAGGUCUUUUUGUUCAAUUAUUUGUAUUACCUUAAAUAUUGUGUAUAUUUGCAUUGAUCUUUAUGUGUAAUGGUUUGAUGUAUGAGACAGUGUCUAACUUCAUGUAAUGUUAAUCAGAUAUACAUGUUUUGAGAUAAUAAGACAUAUAUUCUAUAUUAUCAUGUUACCGU